GUAUUUUUUUUUUUUUUGAUAUUCAAUUUUGAUGUAAAAAAUAUUCCUGAUAAAGAUUAUCAAUGGCAUUUCAAUUGGAUGACUUGUUGAGGGAUGACAAAAGGGAUGGUAAUUUAAUACCAGAUUUGAGUAAAGCCACUUGCAAUACACAAGAGGAAUUUCGUCGUUUACGAGAACGUUGUCCAGAAUAUAAAAUAAAACCAGAAAAAGUAAAACGUGAUGAUGUCAAAGUGAGAGAUAAAGAUUUUUCAUGGAAAACAACAAAAAAAGAAUUAAAAUCAGUUGAACGUGAUUGGGGAUAUGGUGAUCCAGUACCACCAGAUAUGAUUACAUUGAAUCUUCAAGAAUUACAACAAGUUGCUAUUGAUUGGCGAAUGUUGACACCACUCAGACCAAAAUUACGACUUGAUGAAGAAAUGUUUUCACGUCUGGUUGAAAUGGGAAAAUUAGAAAUGAAAACAUUGGCCAAAGAAAGACGUGUAAUAACAAGUCCAAUAAGAAGAAAUAAAAAUCGUGCUGGAAUAAUUGAAAGUAGUGUUAAAAUAUGUGGUGAAUGUGGUGAAGAAUAUUGUUUUGGUGAAUCAUGUGGUGAUAUACUUUAUGAUUCAUUUACACGUAUUGUUAUUAAUCAACAACAAAAAAAAAAUAAAAUAUCAAAUGAUACCAGUACAAUAAUUGCUGGUCUCAAUAAUGUUCAUAAUAAAAAUAAUAAAAAUAAAAAUAAUAAAAGAAAAAAUCAUAAAAAAAUUACAAGAUGUAAAAUUAUUGGCUCAUCAGCUAAAAAAAAUGUUGGAUUACUUGGAAAAAGUCAUAAAUCAAAAUGUAAUAAAAGUAAAAAAACAGUUGUUAUCAAUGAGGAUCAAAAUCAAUAUGAAGAUAUUGAAAUUAAA